AUGGCCGACACCUGCUGUUCCAGGACUUGUGUUGUUGCUGCAUCCACCUUGUCUGUUUGCUCCAGCGACUUGAGCUGUGGCAACUGGGUCAGCUCGCCCAGUGCCUGCAUCGGCUCCUCCUGGCAGGUGGAUGAUUGCCAGGAGACCUGCUGCGAGCCCCCCUGCUGUGCCCCCAGCUGCUGUGCCCCAGCCCCGCGCCUGACCCUCAUCUGUGCUCCAGUGAGCUGCGAGUCCAGCCCCUGCUGCCAAGCAGCCUGCAGCAGCUCCUCUCCCUGCCAGCAGGCCUGCUGCGUGCCUGUCUGCUGCAGGCCCGUCUCCUGUGCACCUGUGUGCUGCAGGCCCAUCUGCUGCAGGCCCAUCUGCUGCAGGCCAGUCUCUUGUGCACCUGUGUGCUGCAGGCCCGUCUGCUGCACAUCUGUCUGUUGCACUCCUGUCUGCUGCAGGCCCGUGUGCUGUGAGGCCUCCCCCUGCUCAGCCCCCUCAUCUUGCUGCAGACCCUCCUCCUCUGUGUCCCUCCUCUGCCGUCCCGUGUGCUGCCCCGCCUGCUGCGUGCCCACCUCCUCCUGCCAGCCCAGCUGCUGCCGCCCGGCCUCCUCUCUGUCCCUCCUCUGCCAACCCUCAUGCUCCAGCCCAGCCUGCUGA